UUUCGUAGUCCCCAAGAAGUUGAAGAGAAAGAGAACCAGGAUACCAAGAAGGAAGACCAAACAAACGCAUAUCGGAGCGAGCUUUGGACGACACAGAACCAGAGAAGUGAAGUUUGCAUGUCGUCGCUGAUCAAAGAGAGAAAGAGAAAGUCGCGAAGUAGACGCAAUGGGUGUGAGUCCAUAGCAGAGAGACUUUCUAAGUGGAAAGAGUUCAACGACCAACUUGAUGUUGCCGGUGAUGAAGGAAAACUGAUUCGAAAAGUACCUGCCAAGGGCUCAAAGAAAGGAUGUAUGAGAGGAAAAGGAGGUCCCGAGAAUUCACGCUGCAACUACAGAGGCGUGAGGCAACGGACGUGGGGAAAGUGGGUUGCAGAGAUUCGUGAACCGAACAGAGGAAGCAGGCUCUGGUUGGGAACAUUCGCGACUGCCCUUGAAGCUGCUCGUGCUUACGAUGAAGCUGCUAGAGCUAUGUACGGUCCCUGUGCACGCCUUAACCUUCCGGAAUGCUCUACAUCGAAGGAUUCGUCAUAUUCCGCCACUACUCCAUCAACAUCCGGUUCCACCACUACUCCAUCAACAUCCGAUUCCACCACUACAUCCAACCAUUCCGAAGUCUGCUUGUCCGAGGAAUCCAAGGCGAAUGUCCCCAAGGUAGAACCUAAACGUGAACUAUGCGAAUUCGGAAUCAACAGUCGUCCCCAUAUUGCCAUGGAAGCAGAUGCUCCUAUGAGUAUAGUCAAGAAAGAGUCUAAAGAGGAGGAGUCGGUACAACCCAUGAAUCCAGAUCUGCUCAGAGGGUACGAGACCUCCCAGGACCCAGUACGCUCCGGUCAAUUCAAUGGGAACGGGUGUGGUCAAGAAGAUAUGCAGAAUUUCCCAACGGAAGAACUGUUUGAUAUGGAAGAGCUAUUGGGAAUGCUAGAUAACGACACCCCUGGACCCGAAUUGCAGCAGGAGUUGGGUGUUGUCUCUGACCAAUUGCAGUGUGGGAGUCCGUCAGAUCUUUCUUAUCAGCUGCAGAACCCAGACGCAAAGUUGCUUGGGAGCUUGUACCAUAUGGAGCAGUCACCCGCGAGCAUGGAUUACAGUUAUGAUUUCUUGAAGCCUGCGGAACAAGAUCCCAUGAAACAGGAGGGAGAUUACAGUUACGGGUUGUAUGGUGAACAAGGAUCGCUGGAGUUGGGUUUCCCUGAUUUAGGUUUUUAGGACUAAAGAGACAAGGCAGCGGUGUACACUUAAUUGAUCUUGUUUUGUUAUUCUUUGUUCUUUAUAAUGUUUUUGGGUGGUCUUUCACUCAACUGUUGGGACCAGAGGGAAGUAAGCUGAUUCUCUAUAGGUUUUUAGAUUGGAGAAUUUGGCUGGUGCAUUUGUUUUUCCAUCCUCCGGUGGCCUUUCUUUCCCCUUACCUUCUUACCAACUGAUACGGCAUAUGUUGUACAGGUGAUCAGGUUAUCUCUGGGUUCUAAUUCAUUUCUUGUAAAUAUAUAUAAAACGAAGAAACACAACAGAAAUAGAAAGCCAGACAGAGUAGCAUUWGUAGAGAAACUCUUGGACUUUGUGAUGAGGAUGUUAUCAAUUCAAUAAUCAAUAUGGUUGUAGUCUUUUUCCUGUA